AUGUCAUCUGAUCUUGAAAGUUUGGAGCCGCCGAGGCUGGAGGCCCCGGUGGGCGUGUUGCACCUCGAGCAGUUCAUUGAAACGGUCCUCAAAGAGGCGCUGCGGGAGGAGCUUGAGCGGCGGGAUGCCCUCACCUCGAUGGCCUCGCAAUGCGCGCAGCUACGGCAGCUUUUUAGCGAAAUGCGCGGCCUCUCCCGAACGCAAAGCUUUAUCAACGCCUCCUCCUCCGCAGAGGGGGGCGAAGCCGCGGCGUCGAAAGCAUCCCGUGGUGGGAAGGAAAAGGAAGAGCAGGGGGGCAGCCUUAGCGUUUCUUCUCCUUUUCGGAGUAAGAUUUUAGUGGAUUUGGGGAAUCACUUUUACACGGCGGCCGUCGUGAAGGAUGCGAGUCGGGUGCGGGUGAAUAUCGGCUGCGGCGUGGUUCUCCAGAUGCCCGUCGAGGCCGCAGAAAAGUUCCUGCGGCGGAAGGAAAAGCAGCUCCGCGAGGCCGCCAUGCGUAAGACGAAGGAGGUGCUUCGACUUUCCUACCGCAUACGCGUGGCGACGGAGGCAGUGUCGCGAAUCACGCAGAAAAACAUCGGAAUUUUGCGCGAUUAA